GACAAGAAGAGCUGUCAAUUGCGCAUAGCUGCCAUUCCUUCCGUUCCGUUCUGAGCGAAGAGUUUUUGCAGAUGUUUUCUCAGUAUGGGCAGUUGAAACAGCAGCGCGCUGCUCAAUAGUAACUUUUACGAAAUACUAAAUUAUUAAUUUAUCUGAUAUACAUAUGGGAAAUGGAUAGCUAAUAGUAUUGUACGGAAGCUAAGACUGUGUGCGACGUAAGCCGAUUUUAGAAUUGAAUUCAUUUGUUUUAGUUUCUUGAACGACAAGGAAAAUGCCAGUAGCAACUCUAUUGCCUUUUACAGCUACCCCGAGUAGGAAGUCUUCCAGCCCGACCUCUUUCAGACUGACAGAGAAAUUCAUUUUGCUAUUAGUUUUUAGCGCUUUUAUUACGCUUUGUUUCGGUGCUAUUUUUUUCCUACCGGAUUCGUCGAAGCUGCUCAGCGGAGUUUUCUUCCACUCGUCCGCGGUAGAAACCAACACUCGAAAAGGUACGGAUAGUGAUUCAAAUAUCGCAGUUGGGACCGACGAAAAGAUAUUAGCCAAGAUUAGAAAGGACCACGAAAAGGCUUUGGUUGAAGCCAAAGACACUCUUCAGAAACGACCAGACGAGAUAAAGCAAGAUAUACAGAACGAGAAGGACAAAGUUUUGAAGGAGGGUCUCGGUAAAGGUGGGAAAGAUGACGAUAACCUACCAGUCAUUGAAUAUGUCCGGCCACCCGGAGCAACAGGGCACGAGCCCUCCGAUCCGGAAACCAAAGAGAGACGAGAAAAAAUUAAAGAGAUGAUGAAGUUUGCCUGGGACAGUUAUAAGCGAUACGCCUGGGGAUCCAAUGAGCUGAGGCCUGUCUCCAUGCAAGGCCACUCCAGCAAUCUGUUUGGGAGCAUAAAGGGAGCCACCAUCGUGGAUGCCCUGGACACCCUAUACGUCAUGGAGAUGUAUGAGGACUUUGAGAUGGCCACAGAGUGGGUGGAGAAGAACCUGGACUUCAACGUGAAUGCUGAGGUCUCAGUCUUUGAAGUGAACAUCCGGUUUGUCGGAGGACUGCUCUCCGCCUAUUACCUCUCCGGCAAAGAGGUGUUCAGGAAGAAGGCCAUACAACUGGGAGAGAAGCUGUUGCCUGCAUUCAAAACACCCACAGGCAUCCCCUGGGCCCUCCUAAACCUGAAGAGUGGCAUCGGGAGGAACUGGCCGUGGGCGUCUGGAGGCAGCAGCAUCCUGGCGGAGUACGGCACCCUGCACCUGGAGUUCAUGCACCUCUCCAAGCUGUCAGGGAACCCAGCCUUCGCAGAGAAGGUCAUGAACAUCCGGAAGGUUCUGAAUCGACUGGAUAAGCCCCAGGGACUGUACCCCAACUAUUUGAACCCGAACAGCGGACAGUGGGGACAACAUCAUGUGUCAGUGGGCGGCCUGGGAGACAGCUUCUAUGAGUACCUGCUCAAGGCUUGGCUGAUGUCAGACAAGACGGACGAGGAGGGCAAGAAGCUCUACUAUGACGCUCUGCAGGCCAUUGAGACCAGUCUGAUGAGGAAGUCCAGCGGGGGACUGACGUACAUCGCUGAGUGGAAGGGCGGCCUGCUGGAGCACAAGAUGGGUCACCUGACGUGCUUCGCCGGGGGCAUGAUCGCCCUGGGGGCCGACGGAGCUCCCGAGGACAAGACGGGUCACCAGAUGGAGCAGGCCGCAGAGAUCGCCCGCACCUGCCACGAGUCCUACGCCCGCACCACCCUGAAGUUGGGCCCAGAGGGGUUCAGGUUUGACGGUGGCGUGGAGGCCAUCGCCACACGGCAGAACGAGAAGUACUUCAUCCUGAGGCCUGAGGUCAUCGAGACCUACAUGUACAUGUGGAGGUUCACCCACGACCCCAAGUACAGAGAGUGGGGCUGGGAGGCUGUGCAGGCUCUGGAGAAGCACUGUCGUGUGGAGGGAGGCUACAGUGGAGUGAGAGACGUCUACGCCACCAGCCCCAACCAUGACGACGUCCAGCAGAGCUUCUACCUGGCAGAGACACUCAAAUAUCUGUUCCUGCUGUUCUCUGAUGACGACCAUCUUCCUUUCGAGCACUGGGUGUUCAACACAGAGGCCCACCCCCUCCCUGUCAUCAAGAAGGAGAUGACGGACACAGACAAGCCAAACCAGCUGGAAUAGUGGACCACCCCCUGACCUGACUCCACCCAUCUCGGAACUCCUCUAUCCCCUCCCUCUCUGAGCAGUGGGCGGGGCUGUCUAUUUUACUCCUCCCCCACUGUGGGUGGAGCUCCCCCAGGCAGGUCACUCCCCUGGUAGACUGGACUCACUCCUGUUUUUGAGUCCAUGAUCAAACCAGAUGGAACCGGACCGGGCUGCCUGCCUCUCCUGACCCAGACUGCCCUCUACUGGGGACUGGGAACCACCACUCAGAACCACCUCGUCCAUGAGUGCUUGUCUUGUCAUCGUGUAGAGAUAACAAUCAGUCUGCAUGCUGCCCUCCCCUCCCAGUGCUGUAGAGGCUGUAGGAUUUACCCUCCUCUGUGAGGAGAACAGGACACUACUACGCUGUAAGAUUCACCAUCACUCAAAAAAAGCCAUACUGAUUUGAAUACAGCUUUAUCAUUUUCUUUCUUUCCAUGUAUUUCGGGUAUGUGAUUGUGGGUGUGACUGAAAACAGAUUUUAUGUCAGUCAACAUAUUAUCGGAUUUGGGUUGUUCUUAUCGUAAAUAUGAUUUUAGUCGCACUUAAACAAUGGACCGUUUAGGUGUAUUUCUGUUAAAGACCCAGAGCUUGAUUCUCACCUGCUCUAUAGCUGAAAUCCAGUCAAAAUAGUGCCUUUCCGUCUGAAAUAGUCUAUCGAAUAAGCAGUUCAGGCAAAUUGCAAGGCUUUUAUUUAUACAGGUAGUCUGGUAGUUAGCAGACGGUCCAGGUGGCAUUGGCUGAAGGUUUUAUCACCUUUACCACACUGCCAUCUAGUUUUGGACAACCAGUACUACAACAGUCCAGUCCUCCAGUCAUUUGAGUGUAGCAGGUCGCAGUAGGUUUAUAAAGGGGAUGAAGUCACGGGGGAAAGACCUGCAGUGAGGACAACCUUUCAGUUAAUGAAGUGGACACAUUUACUGUUUAGCUUGGUCCCUUCUUCCUGAAAUAUGGAACGUGUUGGGAAAGUAGAGCUCAUCCCUUCUAUCAACAUUUCAUCAAUUCAUUCAGCCUAGUCAGUUUGUCAGAGCUCACUUUAUUUCCCAACCCCCAUCAACAUGUUCCUUUGUUCUUAAAUCGACAAAGUUGCCGUGUGUUUUUGUUUUUUCUUUAUUAGAGGUGGUAAAGACAAUGAAUCCCAUGUGAUGUAAAAUAGUUGUUAUACUGAUAAUUUAUUCCGUAGUACAUUGGAAGGAAGGUUUGGGAUCAGGCCCCUAGGUGGCACUGUGGAGAGCGAGGGCACUGUGUUGUGGAUUAUUUGGGAGUUGGGGGAGACCAGGGCAGAGUCGGACCAAGAGCUUGGUAGUCAAUCAUAUGGAACGAAUGCAUCAUAUGAAUGAAUGUACCAUCAAAUGUGAUGUUUAAGAUUAUUUUGCCUUCCUUGAUCUUAAUUUGUUGAUUUAUUUGUUGAUUCCUUUCUUCUGGAAAGCACAAAAUGCUGAAGGAAUGUGUCGUGGUACCCAUCUGAAGAAGCUGUUAGUCCGUUCAGGAGAAUAAGAGGAAGCACAAGAGGAGUUGUUUAGUUGUGUUGACAUGCAAUGAGAAGAUGCAAGUAAGGUUCUCUGUUCACUACACUGGAUGAAAUCCACUCACAUAUGAACAUGUAAACAUGCUGAAUACUGUAUAGAGAAAAGAGGACCAAUACAUUGAAAUGGUCACAUACUGGACACAUCAUACAUAGACAUUCACACUACACACACUCUCAAACACACUCAUGACCAUGGAAGUUUAUGAACACACAGACAUGGACAUUAGAGAGAGAAGUGUGUUUGUAGGAAACCGUAGUCCAACAGUUCUGUUCUUCUGCGGUGUACUUUCACAGACAGGGGGCGCUGAUGUUCCUAAAAUGUCUCCCCAUACAUCUUAUUGGGAAAUAGAUGGGGUACGAUCAAGAGGCCUUCAUCUUUUUUUGAAGUCAUAUUCUGACCCUAGAAAAUAGAGCAGAGGUUUAAGAAGCCUCACUGAUAUCCGCUACCUGCUGGAGCUACACUCUUCCAGGCCUCCUAUUGAAACGCCAGCAGGGCAACCUCUGCUUUCUCUACUGUUCUCUAAUAAGACAAAGUCAAAGUAGUCCCUGUUUACCUUACUGGAGGAAGCAAUAUUAAUGUCCAUAUACGUUGAGAUCCCCCUCCACCUAGUUAAUUAUGGCAGCCAUUCGGGCUCGAGGGAAGAGAGUAUCACUCACUAUACACUGUAGAUAUGACAUUGCUGCAUUCACCGUCUCUGAGAGCCUAAAAGGCGCUGCAUAGUCAAUCAGACAUCUGCAUUGGCCGUGCAGCAUUUACAGUGAUACAGCCUCUGCAGAAGUCAGGGCGUUCAUACUUUGAGCUUUGCAGAGCAGUGCAGAGCUGUUGUCAAGGAAGUGAGUUUGUGUUUAUACAGGACCUCCCGCCUUCACCUACCGUUAACCAAUCAUGUCAAUGCGGAGCUAUACAGAGCCUUCCGCAUUGUUACAAAAUUCAAGAGGCUCACAGGGAUGCGGUAGGGAGCUCAAUUUGGCCUCUGAGUGCCUCCAGAGGCGCCGCAAUUGCAUCACACCAUCCAUAUGGCGCCUCAGACCACGUUGUCAGAUCAAGCAUAUAUUGUCUCUAAGUGUCUCCCGACUGUUGCAGCUUUUGGGAGCAGAAGGGAUGACUCGUAGGAAUACAGAAAAACGGUAAAGUCGCUGUAAAAUGAAAACAUGACAUUUAUUUUCCUCUUUCUUUCAGUAUGCAGACUAGAAGACGUGCUGUUCAUUUCCAAUUGACUUUGUGGUUGAAUAUUGUGUUGACGAUCUCUCGCAUUACAAUGCCUUUUAUUUGUGAAUCUCUUGUUAAUGGUUUCGUGAAACAACCUCAGAAAUGUAAACUGUACAAUAUUGCUGAUAAUCAUUCCAUUGCACAUAGUUUAUUUGGGUUAAUGUUAUUUUAAUUUUGUGGGAAAUUGUUAUGUUUGUUUUUGUUUCUUUCAUAUUAAAAUGUAAAUAUUCCAUUCUACAUUUAUAUAAAUCUUACGAACUUAUGGAUGAAAUGAUGUUAAUGAGCAGCAAAAAUUUUCAUAAACUAUAUUUGUUACACUUCUAUUGUGAAUAAAACAAUCUUUUAAUAGAUA